ACGACGGAACAAGAAUCGAUCGUCAAUUUACAAUUGCAGCGAUGAAACCGAUUUAUGUGCCUGUUGUCGCUCCAUCAUUAAAAAAACUCUCAAUCAUAAUUUGUGAUACGGGAAACUGCUAGAAACAUACAACAAUUGUCCUUAUCAUCAAUGUAAACCGCUUGGCUGAUCUUUAGUAAGGCUGUACAUUUCAGCUUAUGUGUGUGUGUGUUGAGUACGGAGUUGUGUUAUCGCUUGCUGUGCAGCGAAGCGUUCUGUCAGUUACUUAAGUAGGAUCGAUAGAAGCAGUAUAUUUCUUGGUUGUGUGUGAAGCGACCUGAGAGGAGAAAAAAUGACGAUGAACUGAGGGUUCAAUUACGUCAUCGAAUAUCGGCCAUUUGUAGGAGUUCCGUGAGAAAGAAAUGUGGGAGUUACAAGAUGCGAGCAGCAAGUGGGGCUCCAUCCUACAGAGAGUGAACGGAAUACAACGAGAAAUGCCGAGAGCGACGAUCAGUUCGGAUUGGGAGAAAGACGGCCAUGCUGUUGUAUGCGCAAGCUCGGCACACUUUUAGUAGUCUGGCAAAAUAUCUCGUAUACUUCGAUUUCGUUCGGCUUCGCCACUGCGAGCAGUAAGCGGUGAGAAAGUGAAUCUGUUUGUAGCGUGAAUUGUAUAAUCUUGCACCGGAAAAGAUGUUGGCGUUACUGUUGCCUUUUUCUAAAAUAGUUUUGUGUGUGUGCGUGUGUGUUAAAUCUUCUCAACUCGGUGUUCCUGUGUGAAAAACGGGAAAAAUACCUGCCGAAAAUUGUCUUGCAGAUUAUUCAGUAACAGCACAAAAAUUGUUCCUGGUUUCCGUGUGCUAAGUUGCAUGAUGUUUUUCCGUGGUAUAUUAGGUUGUGCUAACAACCUGCUCGAGCUUCUGGAUCCGCUCCGACGAGCAAUAUCGACGAUAUGAAGAGUGAAAUAGUAUUUUAGGGUUCGAAAGUUUAGUGAACAUUGAAUGUGAAGCGUAAUUUCUCCGUCAAGUUGUGAAAAUUUUAUUGACAACUCCAGUAGCGUUAUAAGCCGUCAAAUGAUUGCAAUUGGAUAACUAUUGUUUGUAGUGCAUUGCAAAUGAAGUAAGUGCAUAGGUUCAACAAACAAAUAGUGAAUACUGUACACCACAAUUUUAAAAAUUGUAAUAAAUUUGAAAGUAUAGUUUGUGAUCCUCGUAAAUCGUGUUUGUAUCAGUGUGUGUCUAUGACAAUUGUGCUUUGCUACACUCUGAUUCUGAUUUACCAUCGGGUCAUUUGAAGUGUUAAGUUGAAUAAAAAAACGACGACAUGAAUGGAGUCACGAUGAUGGACGAGAACGAUGUAGACAUCAAAAGCCCGAUCAGGCGACUGGGUUCUACAAGAAAGCUGAACUUGUUCAAUAAUAUCAGACAACAGCUGAACGAGCAGCUCAAAUUUCUGGAUGUUCGCAUGGAAGCACAGAUUGCGCUCGUACAAGAGCUUCAAGAUUUUUUUCGACGAAGAGGCGAGGUAGAACUUGAUUACAGCAAGAGCUUGGACAAGCUAGCUAAAAGCUUGCAGCUUCGACACAAAGAGCAGCGUCAAAAGCGUGAGCAAUGGCCAAUGUUCUCUUCUUACUCUUGCUGGCAACAGCUUGUCAAUCAAACCAAAUCCCUAUCUAGGGAUCAUGCGGCAAUGUCGGAGAUUUACUCUACACAUUUGGUAGCACGUUUGCAGACAGUGUGGGACGACGUUCAACGUAUUUACAGAAAGUGUCGAGAAAUUGGGUUUGAAACGCACGUUGAAAUAUUGCGAAUUUUACAAGAACUGCACACAAACAUGAAAACGUACCACACGUUGCAAACGGAAGCAAAGGAAGCAGAAAAAAAGUUGCGACUUGCCGAAAACCAGCGAAUGAAGCUGCAGCAAAGUGUGCCGAAGGAAAAGCUGGAGCGUAGCAAAAAGUAUCGUUUGAUCGAGAAAGAGGUUCUGAAAAGAAAAAACAAGUACACAGACGCAAGACUGAAGGCGCUCAAGGCAAAGAACGAGUAUCAGCUGUGCCUGGAAGCUUCCAAUACGACGAUCCACAAAUAUUUUGUCGAAGACUUGAGCGAUCUAAUUGAUUGUAUGGAUCUGGGUUUUCAUUCGGUCGUCUCGCGUGCACUGCUGAUGCACGUUUCGGCAGAUCAGGGUCGUUGUCGAGCGGUGCUACAUAAUGCGGAAACCCUAUCACAUAUCGUCAACUCAAUGGACAGUCGGGCGGACAAACAGAAAUUUCUUGAACAGCACAGUGCAGCUUUUAUGAUUCCAAAACGGUUAGAGUUCCAGGGACAGGACGAAGAUGUAGAACCGGAGCUGCAAAAAGCGUUGCAUCAAGAAAUGGAAUCUCGGCUAAUGCAGCUAGAACAGCGCGUGAACAAUUUGCGUAUGGAAUCGGAGGAAAUUUGGAAAACCCUGGAAACAGCUGAAAUCAAUCUGCUUGACAUACUCAAUACUAAGGAUUAUGAUUGUACUAGUGCUUUCGGUGACGGUGCGGUUGCUUUUCAGAAGCCCGAAAAUACGUCCGUAAAACUGCGAUCAGACAAAAAUGAAAUAGAAGAAUUCUACAUAACGAAAAUUCGCGAAUACAUUCUUGCAACAUCGCGAAUAGCGCGGUUAGAUUCAAAAGCAGAAUACCUGCGGAACGCGUUGGCAAAAGAUUCAGCUAUCAAAACAGAUACCCUUACAAAAUCGAACGUCCCGAAACGGAAGCGUAUCGGACGUAUGAACAAAUCGGGUCGACCAAAACUGUUCGGUGGUUCGCUUGAGGAAUACUUGGAAGUUUCGGGGGAAGAAAUUCCGCUCAUUGUGCGAAGCUGCAUCAGAGUCAUCAAUCUUUUUGGUUUACAUCACCAAGGCAUAUUCCGUGUUUCAGGAUCUCAAGUAGAAAUAAGUAACUUUAAAGAAGCCUUUGAACGAGGUGACGAUCCGCUUGCUGAAAUGACAGAUGCGUCCGAUAUCAACUCUGUUGCUGGCGUGUUGAAACUGUAUUUACGCGAACUUCGAGAACCACUGUUUCCUUUAAUUUACUUUGAUCAUUUCGUUCAACUGGCACAGCUUGAAUCCAAGCAAGAUAUCGUAUUGGGCAUAAGAAAAUUUUUCCAAAGUCUCCCAAAGUCAGUUGUAGUGGUUAUUCGGUAUCUUUUCGCAUUUUUGAACCACUUAUCAGAAUAUUCUGAUGAAAAUAUGAUGGAUGCUUACAACUUGGCAAUCUGUUUUGGUCCCACACUGAUGCCAGCGCCCGAGGAUAAAGACCAAGUGCAGUAUCAGAAUCAAGUAAAUGAGCUGAUCAAGAACAUCAUUGUCCAUCAUGCAGAACUCUUCCCGAAGGAUCUUGGUGGAAUUCAUUACGAAAAGUUUAUCACUUCAGAAACGUUUGAAGACAUUGAUGUUGGAGACUCACCCACAGAGCAAGUGUCGGAAGAUCCGGAUUCGGAAGUGUAUCCAUCAGAGGAUGAGUCAGACACAUUUGAAGCAAUCGUUCAGUUUGAUUUCAAUGCACGUUCCGAGAGGGAAUUAUCGUUACGGAAAGGGGAUACUGUGAUACUGUACAAUCAGGUUUCCAACGAUUGGUGGCGUGGUGCAGUAAACGGUAAAACUGGACUUAUUCCAGAUAAGUACAUAUCGCUAAAAAUCAAGGAUGAAGAGCGCGAUAAAAGUGAACAUUUGAAAUCUUCCAGUUCAGAAGAAUCCGUCCGAAAGCGUCGUCCCAGUGGAAACAUUUCACUUAACAGUCAACUUUCGAUUUGUACACAAAACUCGAACACCCUUUCGAAUAUAACGUGCGGUAGUGAUUAUACCGCUUCGACUAUAAGCGCUGCAACGGCAUCUGCCGGUGGACACAGUGCAACUGGCAAUGGUGCGACAGCUGCAGCUGGUAGUACACCUAGUGGCAGUGGGGCCGGGGGAACUUCUGCCGGAUUAAUUCAAACGUCAUUGCCUUCUCCCGGACAUCCGCAAUAUCAAACAAUUCAGAAUUCUUCACAAGGAGGCUCAUCUAGCCAUCAUUCUACGUCUUCUCAGUCACAGCCUCCACAGCAAUCUAUUGCGAUAGUAACACAUCAGCCACCGUUGCCAUCGACACACCAUGCUCCUCCGGUGAUUGGCGAAAAGUUGGGCAAUGAACGAAAGGAUGCCGACUUCAUACACUAUGAUAGUGUGGAUCACCUGAAAGCAUCGCCAUACAGCUACCACGACGAACCGCACUCGUUCGAAAACUCUUUCGAGUUUGUCGAAGACAUGGCUCUUUUCACAUACGAGACAUCAAAACCAUCGGAACCGAUUUAUGCCGAACCGACCAAAAUUACUAUGAACCGCGAGAAAUCGCCUGCGGCUGACAGCGGCACAAGCAGCAACAGCAACGAAGAUGAAAUGGAUAGCGUGGAAAUACGACCCCGGCUUGGCGGAAUGGGAGAACCAUCAGAGCAUAGCAAAUCGACUCUCGGUUUGAAUCGUCGCAGCGAAACGACUCUAACCACCGGCAAAACAAUCGCUGUUGACGGUGAACCAUCGGCCGUGGAUGACCAAUCCGAUCAAUCCCGACCAAUGCGAAAGUAUCACGCGAAGAGCUUCAGCCUGUCAGAGAACAAACUAUCCCUAGUUGCUGGUGGCGGUGGAUCAGCAACGCUAAAUGUGUUUCAACAGAACCGCGACUUGUGGCAGAAACGCGCUGCACAAAGCUCAUACCAAAACCUAACAACGUCGCGCAUUCUAAGUCGUAACCGAAUUGCACCAGAUUUGGUGAUGGAUCUUCCGCCCUCCGCCAUUAGCAAGGAAACCGCCCAUGCAUCAAGAGAAUCUUUAGACACCGAGCUAGAGGAUAUGACCUCAGCUGAACGGUUUGCUGCUCAGAACCAGUGUACAUUGAAGAAGAACGAACGAUUUUCGAAUGAAUCUCCUGUGUAUGAAAAUAACACGGUGAAAAAAGAGGUAAAGCUGGAUGUGAAAGGAGCAACGGUGACUGAUAAACCGAAGGCAGAAGUGAAGCCACAAGAAAACAGUAUUAAAAGUUCAAGCACGGCUGCUACUGAAGCUUCAAAAUCAUUAGAAGGUUGUAGUGCUGACGCUGGGAAAGAAGAAGAAUCACGAAGAUUAUCAGCAAUUACCGUCCCCGUUGCGUCUUCCUCGUCUACAACAAGUGUGGCCCCAAGUACGGUCACUGACGUGGCCGAAUUAGAGGUUGCUUCCUCUUCAAACGAAACUGAACUAUCGCUAGCGCCAUCGUCGUUACCGGGAAAAGAACUUAGCAAGAGUCCGAUCCCUGUGCGCAACACACAGAAAUUUGUGUCCCAGUUUGCUGAUUUACAUUUAACUGGCGGCUGUCUGAUGAAGUCAACCGAAGGGACGUCAGCAGCAAGCGCCUCUUCCAUGACGCAGGAGCAGCAAGCAAAGAAUCUGAGCUCAUUCAAACCGCAAGUAAAAGUGAAGCCACAAAUACUGAAAAAGCCCCAGGUGCUACCACCGCAAACGCCCGAAAUGCAACGCCGCAAUGCAGACUAGAAGUGGGCUCUGUUCUCACGCUCUAAUACGUUCAACAUGUAAAUAUGUGUGCACGUAGCAAAUGGAAGCGAUGAGAACAUCAUCUGAUAAAGCAUGGUGCGGUCAGGAUGAGAUGCGCAUCGUCUCUCUGUAUGGUGUUUCUGAUAUACACGGUGAAUGCUACUACAGAAAGGGAAACGCGUGUGACUAACAGACAGAAUGGUAAAGCGUAAAGAGAUUGGCGUGAAAGUGACUGAUUGCAAAAUGAUGCAACGUGUACAACCUUUGCAAGAACCUUGACAAAGUAAACAUUACACAUACAACCAUUUUCCAAGGAUGUGGUAGUCCGAUCGCCAUGAAUGAAGCCAUAGAACCUUUUGGUUUGGUAUUUAGGCGUAAUCAAGGUACAGCGCAUUUUGGGUAUUUGUUGCGGAAUUGAGCAUGUCGCGUAGGAAUGGAUUGAGUAAAACACCAAUAUUUCGAAUAUAUACAUUGAUAAGUGAAAAGUUUUUAAUAAUUAAGACUGGAUCGGUACAAUACAAAAUACUCGUAAAACAGGCGAAAGGAAAGCAAAGCUAAACAUUGCACACAUUAGUUAAAAAUAUUACCAUGGAUUUGUAGUUCGUGCACUCAUGCGCGAACAGUGCAAACGAUUCAACAAGAAUGCAAAAUGAAGCGAGAAUAUGGCGAACAAAGUUGGACGGCGCGGUGUACCGUGUACCAGUGUACACCAACACCAUGCGGACCACACACACGUAUAUGGUAGUGGUGCCUUUUUUACGUAUUUGGUUAAUCUGCGUAGCAUAUUUCUAUGCUGCGUUAAUGAUUUUUCUUUGAUUACGAGCAACGAACAAAAUGAAAGCUUACUGGAAUGAGUAUAUUAUUUAACUAUGUAUGGGUUGUUCUUUUCUCCCAUUGCGUGUAAAGCCGUACUGUGUUUUAAUGGUACCGUAUAUUUUGCUGAUUUAACAGUUUCAGUGACGGCUAACUUCUUCACAAAGUUGCCGUGUACACCACGCUCGGCAACAGAAACUUCAAUCUGAAAGAUGAAUAACAGUGAACGGGCGAACAUUGUUCAAGAUAAACCAUUCUAGACGAAAACCAACACGAAAACAAGGUGCACACGAAACGAAAUGUAUUCAGAACCAGCAUAGUAGAGUCUGAAUGUAGUCUGUAGUAGGUCCAUGAUAUUUCGAUCAUAUAGUAAAGCGUAGCAGUAGUUUGAAAAAAAGCGGAUUCAGCGCAAACACAGGACAGGAACGAUAGAGCUAAGAGCAAAGGUGAUUAUGAUAUAAUAACUAGCAAUCCUAAUCGCAAACAUUAUACGACUGAUAAUACAACAGCGAUAUUUUUGAUUACGAAACAAAUACGGAUAGUGGGUGUGGCAGUCAACAUCUGCCAGUAAAUGAAUGAAUCUUUCUUUUUUUUUUUGAGUAUAACAACAAAACAAAAGGCAUCAUUUACGAGUAUACGUAACACAUUCGCUAAAUUAUAUUUUCAAUACACACAGAACAGAAGUCCUCCUCUGAUUUUUCCUCUCUGGUAUCGUUGUUGUAACCUAUGGAACACAGUAAUAGCAAUCUUAUCGUAUUUAAUAAUGCUUGACAAACCAAACUUACUUUUACACUGACCGCGUAAAAGUAACCGUGUGUGUGUGUGUAAAGUAAUUCUAACAAUUUCAUCGUCAGCACCAUAAAAGUAAUCUCCAGCAAACAGCAAAUUCAUCGCUAUUAAUAAAUAGUGUUUUGUGUUACAAUAAUACGACUAAAACAUAGUUUCCGCUACACGCAACACGCAGCAGAGAAAGAUAAACAUAUAGAUAUAUACAUACACGUGAAUCAAUAAUAAUCUCUUGCUAUCUUCGAAUCCAUGGUACGACGAUUUACAUAUAAAGCGAGCGAGAGAGAGAGAGAGAGAGAGAGAGAGAGAGAGAGAGAGAGAGAGAGAGAGAGAGAGA